AGCUAUUUCUAAAGUUUCAUGUUACAGAGGGGAAACCGAUUAUUUCAAACAGCUGAAAUAUUUGGUCUCCCCCCCUUAACUUUCACAAAUAAAGAGGAAAUGUUUCAGAAUCCACAGGAUUUGUCGUUCAUGACGAGAGGAAUAAACACAGUUAAGGAGUUUUUGAAAGAUUAACAAGUUCCCAUGUUACAAAGGGGGGACAAAUUGUUUCACACAGCUGAAAUAGUUGGUUCCCCCCAAUUACUUUGGCAAAUAAAGAUCAAAUGUUCAGAAGCGCCGUGAAAAUGGUCGGAUAUGUGUGUAACAUCGGCCUCCCUGGCUGCAGUACGCGCUCCCGACACACGGGGAACAAAUGCUCACAAGGAAACAGCAUUUUGCAGAAAACAGGAAAUGUCGGUUUCCAUGGAUACCAUGAGCUACAAACUUGCCUGCAGUAAAUUUUCGGGAAAAUGGCUAAAGGGAACGACUACCGUAAGUAUGACUUGGCACGGCUGCAAGUAGAGAUCGAAGCAGAAAGAGAGCUAAAAGAGAUGCUCAUAGGAUCUGUGUGUGACCUGCGAUGUACUGUGGCAGAACUGCAAGAAAGAUUACGUAGUGUUGAUGGGGAAGGUAAUGAAUGGAAGACGAGGUUUGAGACACAAGUAGAACUAAAUGGACUGCUGGAGAGACAGAUUUCACACAUUCAACAGAGGCUGGAGAGCAUCAAAGGAAACCCCGUUGAUCGAUUGGCUUUUAUCCGAUUAUAUGAAGACAUGGGACUUGAAAUGCUUAAACAACACCUAUCGGUCCUGACUGAGGAGAAAACUGACCUCCAUAAUCAGCUGAAGAACUGCCAUCUUCAAAUGGAACAGGAGGGAAAGGCAUUCCAUAAAACCAAUGAUGAAAGGCGGGCAUACCUUACAGAAAUAGCUAUGUUGUCUUCUGUCCGUGAGCCGCAGAGACGACAGUAUGCCAACCAGCGACAGGGGGCACCAGAGAGCAAACAGAUCAGAGGAAAAGAUGUCUGUAGGAAAGCACCAGCUGGUUCUAACAAAGGAACGGAGGAGGGAUUAACAGAAUGUCUGAAUGAAGGCGGAGGAGGUGGUGAUUCAACAACAGAGAGAGGAAUGAAGAAGAAAUCCCAAAGGGAAAGCAGGUUACCCACCCUGAAGCAUCGGGGAAAACAUAAUCCUUAACCAAAAUCUGUUCCCAUGGAUA